UUCAACCAAUUUGCAUUAAAAUAAAUCAAAUUAUAAAAUUUUGCGAAAUUUCCCAAAAAAAGCUAAGGCCUUAGGAAAUUUUCAAAUUUUUGUGUCAUCAAAUCGUUGUGCCAUAAAAUUACAUUUUUUAUAGCGGCUACAUUCUAAUAGCUGUCGUAUUGGAGUCGCUUCGCAUUGAAGGGUUAUGUGUUUGUUAUUAAACUACAUCAGUGAUCGGAAUGGCGCUACACGUACAAUGUUCACAGAUUUGCAGAUUUUGUUUGAGCCAGGAUUGGGAAAAUCUGGUUCCAUUAAUUACGAUAAUAAACAGUACGCUCACUAUGCAGGAUGUUACACGAUUUACAGGAAUUAAGACCCUUGGAGAGGAAAACAACCCGUACGUACUUUGUGGAGAUUGCCAUAUAAAGUUGAUUAACUCCGUGACAUUCCGUCACAGUUGCUUGGCAAAUGAAACAUUUUUUCGGGAGUUUUGCUUGGGGCUCGAAGAACUGGUUGAUAAUUGCGCAAAAGCGGAUAAAACUACAGUGGAAACAAAUGAUAGCGUUUCGGAAAUCGAGUUUAUUGUUGUGAACAAGGGUAAAAAGCGAAAAGCAACAGCCAUGAAGGAAGAGCUGCCUGAUGUAACAGGUGAACGGUUCUCGUGUGAAUUCGAGAAAAUGGAAGCAAUACACGAUUUCGAUUACUGCGCGAAUCGUAUUGAGCUUGGUGAACCGUACUCUAACGAUGAUGAGCAAAGUGAAGACCGACAAUCGAUGGGCAACAAAGUAAGAAUGGACAGCAGUGCACUUUUUGCGGAAAGUAUGCGCCUUAUAAGAGCCACACAGCAACGACGACAGCUCGAACGGAACGUAGAAAACACUGAAAGCGAAAGUAGUGCAAACCAUACUCACCUGGUGCGGGAUCGAUUCUCCAAAGCAAUCCGAUCCCAGCUCUGUGACAUAUGUGGCAAAGUGGUGCAAAAGCUCAGCGACCACAUGGCGAUACAUACGAAGAAAAUGAAGUAUGCGUGCCCCCACUGUCCCGUUAGGAUGGCUAACCACGGCAAUAUAUAUCGACAUGUGCAAGCAGUCCACAUGAAGAGGAUAGUGAAAUCGUGCGAAGUUUGUAAUAAAGGAUUUACAAGCAAUAGUUCAUACAAAUCACAUAUGCGAUCUGAACACGGAAUCGGGGAAACGUACGAAUGCAAAUUGUGUCCGAAGAAAUUCAAUCACCCUGGAAACUAUCGCGUACAUCUUAUCCGUUGUCAUAGUGAUGAAAGGAAAUUUACCUGUUCAAUAUGUGGAAAACAGUUCAAAGAGAAACGAGACCAUCGAAAUCAUCAGCGAGUUCAUUCGGAUGACAAACCGUUUAGUUGUAGCCAGUGCCCGAAGGGAUUCAAAAGUGAGUACGCUAGGAAAACGCACGAACUCACGCACGCUGGUGUCGUUUUUCAAUGUACGUUAUGUGACAAAACCUACCGGUACAAAUGUCUCUUAAGCAUACACAUCAAGAAAGAUCAUCCAGAAUAAAACCAAAUGCAGCGAAUGCCGACGACUGAUAAA